AUGUCUGCCAUCUAUGAGAACCUGAGGCAGCUCAUCACCGUAGUAGAUGAGCUGCGAGAUGUGGGCCUACAGCACUACAUCAGCCUUCCUCGGAUAGCUGCAAUCGGGACUCAGAGCAGUGGAAAGAGUUCUCUGAUUGAGUCCAUCGUUGGCCUGGACUUUCUGCCGCGAGGAGGGGGGGUUGUCACGCGACGUCCUCUGGAGUUGCGCCUCGUGCACUUGAACUCACAAGAGUACGCGGAAGAUAAGGCUUGGGCUGUGUUUGACAAGGUCGGAGAUAAGAAGUUCACCAACUUUGAUGAGGUCAGACAAGAGAUCGAGCGCCAGACGGAUCAAGUCGCAGGCUCGAACAAGGGGAUCGUCAAUGACCCCAUCAUCCUCACGAUCUAUGCCACAGGGGCACCGGACCUGACACUUAUUGAUUUGCCGGGGGUUACCAGGGUGCCGGUCAAGGGCAGUGACCAGAAAGAGGAUAUUGAGAAGCUGACGAAGGACAUGACGCUUCACUACAUCAACGACCCUCGCACGAUUGUCCUGGCAGUGCUGCCGGCCAAUCAAGACAUGUCCGUUUCGGACAGCCUCCAGCUGGCCCGCCAGGUAGAUCCACAGGGCCUGAGAUCCAUUGGUGUCAUCACGAAGAUCGAUAUCAUGGAUCAAGGAACGGAUGCAGCAACCAUGCUAAGAGGUGAGGAUGUGCCCUUGCGCCUUGGCUAUGUCGGUGUCAAGAUGCGCAGCCAGCAAGACAUUGCGAACAAGAAGCCGGUCAAGGACUCCCUUAAAGACGAGAAAGAGUGGUUCGACAACCACCGAAUCUACGGCAAGCUGCCCCCAGGCAUGAUUGGGACCCCCGUCUUGAUCGACAAGCUGACGCAGAUUCUCUUCAAGCACAUUCGAAGGUUUCUGCCCGAAAUCAAGAAAGAGAUCAACGAAAAGCGCAGAUCUGUCCAAGAUCGCUUGGACGAACUUGGAGAGGGAGUGCCGCUUCAAACCGGGGAGAGGGUUCAAGUGAUGUGGACUUUGGUCACAGACUAUUGUGAGAUGUUCAAGAACACAAUCAGAGGGAAGUAUGACCGCAAGCUGCAGCGUUACAUGUGCAACCUCACCGGGGGUGGUGCGCAAGGAGGUUCGGGUGGCGCAAAGAUUCGCACCAUCAUGAAUGACUUCUUGAUUGACUUCAUGGAGACGAAGAUCACGUCUGACAUGUCAGAUGAUGACAUUGACAAGGCCAUUCGCCUGCAUGAAGGUGACUCAUUGCCAGGUUUUCCUUCGCCGGACACCUUCGAGUUCUUGGCACUUCCACACCUGCAAAAGCUCGCGAUUCCGUCGGUGGAGUGCGUGCACAACAUUUCCGCAGCACUCGAUGUACUGUCGCAGCGCAUGGCGCAUGCGGUGUUUCGCCGGUUCCCGAAGAUGGCAGAGUCUGUCCUCAACCUGACACAGAACAUCAUCCAAGAGCAGAAGGAUGAGACCCGCCGGAUUGUGGAAGAGCAGAUUGCGUGUUCCAUUGGCUACCUCUUCACAAACGACCCGAACUACUUGAUCAACCAUGGUUCCAUGGAGCCUAUGUACGAGCAACAGCAGCAGAAGCCACCGCCUCCAGUUGAGGAGGAAAAGAAAGAGCCAGGAAUGGCAGAAAAAGUGAAAGAUGCGACGAAGCAGGGGUAUCAAAGCGUGAGCAGCACAGUAAGCUCCAUGUUGAAGAAGACGGAGGCCCAAAGAAAACAGCAGCGGUACAGUGGGCCUUUCGUUGCUGAGAUUCGAAAGCGGUUGGAUUCCUACUUCGAGCUUACGGUGAGAAACAUCAGAGAUUCCAUUCCAAAGGCGAUUGGCUUCUACCUCGUUAGAGCAGUGCAGGACAAGCUACAGUUUGAGCUUCUCAACGCUUUAAAUCACCCAGACAAGUUGUCCGAGCUCCUCGGAGAGCCUCCCCACAUAGUUGAAGAGAGGCGCACAUUGAACAAUCAGCUGCAGGUCUUGAUGAAAGCAAGCUCCGUCUUGACGAGAGACCCAACUCUCGCAGCCAUCGCCUUCGAGGCAGAGGACGAGGCGGCGGCCAGCCCCAGAGCCUCUCCUGCUCCCUCCAAACCUAUGCCAUCUGCAGCCAGUGCAGGCGCAGGCCCUACAGUGCCCGUCUCCACCAUGCCCUCCAUGCCGCCCUCGGCCAAGCCGGCUGUCUCAGUUCCGGCCCCAGCCCCGAAGCCAGCAGGAUCCACGAGCCUCUUCGGGGCUUCGUCUGCGCCACCGCGAUCGUCGCUUUUUGAGGCUCGCUUCACGUCUGAGUUGAUGCGCCGCGAUCUGGCAGCUGGUGACCUCACGGUUGCAGCAUGGUGCUGUGCUAGCGCGGAGCACCUCAACGAGCACUUCCUCCAGAAGCUGGCGAAAGAUAUCCUGAUGAAGCUCCCGGACAUGGGAUACCAGGACUUGGCCAACGUCUCGUGGGCCUUUGCGAAGCUCAGCGUUCAAAACGAUGAGCUGUUCGAGGCCAUAGCCGAGGAGGUCGUGCGGAAACUGCAAGAGUUUGAGCCACAGAACCUGGCCAUUACAGCGUGGGCUUUUGCCACUUUGGCCCGCACAGAGGAGAGCAUGUUCCAGGCAAUUGCAGCCGAGUCUCAGCGAAAGAUCGCCAGAUUCGAUCCGCAGUGCUGCGCGAACCUCCUCUACGCUUUCGGCAAACUUGCAGUGCAAGAUGAGAAGCUCUUGGAAAUGGUGGUGAGUCGUGUCGAGAAGACUGCGGACAGGUUCAAGAUGCUGGAACUCUGCAACGCUGCCUGGGGGAUUUCAAAGAUGUCUUUUCCAGUGGAUAAGAUCGACAAGGGUAUGCAGGCCAGGCUCAGCAUUCCGACUCGGCGAGAAUGCUGCUGUGCAAGGCUGCUGCCAUUCGUGUAUUUUGCAAGCAGUCGGCCAGAUGCCGCACAUGCAGCCUUGGGGGCAGCUACCUUCAGACUUACAUGCUGA